AUGACGCUGCUUGCUGGUCUGGAAGCGCAAAGCUGGCAAGUGACCACGUUGCUGCCAAUCACCCUAGCCAUUGCGACGUGGUUGUCAGCUCAGAUUUCCGAGCCAAAUGCCUUGUAUAUCACGCUGGCCUUCGUUGGCGGCAAUGUUGCCUCCUUCCUGAUCUAUCACGUCCAAGAAGGCCUCGGCAUCUUUGCUUCGGCAUUUUUGACAUCCAGAAUAUCAGCCACGUACCUGUUCACCGUCUUUGGUAUCAUCGGUGUCUACAGGGUUCACUUUCACCGACUCAGCAAGUUUCCAGGUCCGACAUUUCUGGCUUUGAGCAAGUGGAGCAGCAUGUCCUUCGAUUUGGCGGGCAGCAGACCUGUGUACAUGCAGCAGCUGCACAGGCAGUACGGAGAUGUGGUCCGCAUUGGCCCUCGAGAGCUGAGCAUCAACAUCGUGGGUGCGAUAUCCGCAAUUUACGCAACCGGCUUGCAAAAAGGACCUUGGUACGAGUGUCUUGCCAUCACUCGCAAGGAGGCGCGCAGUUUGCACACUCUCAAGACGAUGAAAGCGCACAAUGAGAGGCGUAGACAGUGGGACGGAGCCUUCAGGAGCAGCGCGCUCAAAGGCUACGAGACGAAUGUCCAGCGCAACGCGGAGAAAGCGAUCGAUGCGCUCCUGAGCAAAGCUGACGGCAAGACGACGCAAGACAUUGGCUAUUGGCUUGAUUGGCUCACCAUGGACAUUGUCACCGAGCUCGGUGUCGGUCGAUCCUUCCACAUGCUCGACACCGCCAAUACAGCCAAAGAGAUCGAGCUAAUCCAAGAGUCUUUGGCCGUGCUCAUGCCAAUGGGAAAUGUUGCCGGAUAUAUCCGCGAUAUUCUCGCAUACUUGCCGAGUCCCACUGCAGCCAUUGAAUCUUGGUGUCGUGAGACUGUGCGGCAGCGCAUCAGGGAUGGACCGGCAUUGGUGGAGCAGGACAUUUUCAGCUACAUUCUUGGUGAAAGGCAGGCUCAAAGGGACAGGAUCGAUUUGGACGAGCUUACUGCCGAGGCGUUCUUGCUGCUUGGGUAAGUUUUGUUUGCCCGUAUUUCUUCUUGGAUCUGCGCUUAGAUUUGACGCCUUCUCGUGGCAUUCGCUAGGGCUGGCUCCGACACUGCUGGAAACGCCAUGGGCUUAGUCAUCUUCAACCUGAUCACAACGGACUCGGGUCGCUGCUGGCAAACGCUCAGAAAGGAGCUUGAUACUGCGUUUCCUCAACGCGACAUUAGCGCUUCGGACGUAGGCUCGUACGAGACUCAGCGUCACCUGUCCUAUCUAACAGCGUGCAUCGACGAAUCGCUUCGGCUCUAUCCAAGCGUACCUAGCGGCCUCCAACGCGUCACUUCACCAGCUGGACUCAAGCUACCAGAUGGUUCGAUCAUCCCGCCAGGUGUCGUCAUCUCCACGCCCACCUACACCAUGCAGCGUGACCCACGCAACUUUACCGAUCCCGAACUUUAUCGCCCAGAGCGAUGGAUCGAGCAGGACAAGACGGGCGAUGUCUUCACUGCAGCUGCCUUUACUGCCUUUGGCGCCGGGCCAACACAGUGCAUCGUGAGUCGACGUUUGCGCUCGAGGAGAUUCCUGAAAGCCCAACUGACGAGCAGAUACGACUGCGAUCGUGCACGUGUUGCAGGGCAAGCAAUUGGCCUACAUGGAGAUGCGCCUAUUCCUUGCUCGCUUCGUGCAGAGCUUCGACGUCAACCUCGCACCCCACAUCGACCCCGACACAUUUCGCAACAACAUCAAAGAUCGCUUCGUCAUCUUCAAAGAUCCAUUGCAGCUCAUAUUGAGCAAGAGAAAGUAG